AUGGUGAGCGCCUUGGCAGGAGUGAUGACCUCUGUCAUCGCCAAGCUCACCGCCCUGCUCGGGGAGGAGUACGCAAAGCUGAAAAGUGUGCACAGGGAGGUGGAGUUCAUGAAAGAUGAGCUGAGCAGCAUGAACGCGCUCCUUCAGAGGCUGGCAGAGGUGGACCGUGAUCUUGAUGUGCAGACCAAGGAAUGGAGGGACCAAGUCCGGGAGAUGUCUUAUGACAUUGAGGAUUGCAUAGACGACUUUAUGAAAAGCCUUGGCCAAACUGACCGUGCUAAGGCAGCAGGGCUUGUACAAAGUGUGGUCCAGCAGCUCAAGGCGCUGAGGGCGCGCCAUCAAAUAUCCAGCCAAAUCCAGGAACUCAAGGCACGUGUUGAAGAUGCAAGCAAGCGACGUAUGAGGUAUAAGCUCGAUGAGCGCACCUUCGAACCUAGCAUCUCAAGGGCCAUCGACCCUCGUUUGCCUUCACUCUAUGCUGAGCCAGACGGGCUUGUCGGAAUUGACAAGCCAAGAAGCGAGCUCAUCAAGUGCCUAAUGGAGGGGAUGGGUGCAUCGGUGCAGCAGCAAAAGGUGAUAUCUAUUGUGGGUCCUGGUGGUCUGGAUGUGAGUAAGAUCUUAAGAAAUAUACUCUCUCAAGUCUGCCAGCAAGAGCUUCCUAGCACAGAUAUACAGGACGAGGGAAAGCUCAUUGACACAAUAAGAGAAGUUUUAAAGAACAAGAGGUACUUAGUUGUUAUUGAUGAUAUAUGGAGUACUCAAGCAUGGAAGAUUAUCAAAUGUUCUUUGUUUCUGAAUGAUCUGGGAAGCAGAAUAAUGACGACAACACGUAGUAUUGAUAUAGCCAAGUCAUGUUGCUCUCGACGCCAUGAUCGUGUCUAUGAAAUAAUGCCUCUGACGACAGCCAACUCUAAGAGUUUAUUUUUUAAACGAAUAUUUGGCUCAGAAGAUAUAUGUCCUCCUCAAUUGGAAGAAGUCUCCUCGGAAAUAUUAAAAAAGUGUGGUGGUUCACCAUUAGCAAUUCUUACAAUAGCAGGCUUAUUGGCUAAUAAAGAUUGCACAAAUGAAGAAUGGGAGUGGGUGUAUAAUUCGAUCGGUUCCACACUGGGGAAGGACCCCGGUGUAGAAGAGAUGAGAAGGAUACUUUCUCUUAGCUAUGAUGAUCUUCCCCACCAUUUGAAGACAUGUUUACUUUAUCUAAGUAUAUUUCCGGAGGAUUAUGAGAUUGAGAGGGAUCGAUUAAUAAGGAGAUGGAUCGCUGAAGGAUUCAUUGAUACAAAUGGUGGACGAGAUUUGGAGGAAAUAGGAGAGUGCUAUUUUAAUGAUCUUAUCAAUAGAAGUAUGCUUCAGCCAGUGGAAAUCCAAUAUGACGGUCAAGUCGUUUCAUGCCGAGUGCAUGAUAUGAUUCUGGAUCUCCUUACAUCUAAGUCAAUGGAAGAAAACUUUUCCACCUUCUUCCGUAACCAAAAUGAGAUAUUAGUCCUUCAGCAUAAGAUCCGUAGGCUAUCUCUCAGUUAUUAUGACCAAGAGCACAUCAUGCUUCCAUCAACAGCAAUCAUUUCUCAUUGCCGCUCGCUCAGUAUUGUCGGGUAUGCCGAAAAGAUGCCUUCUCUUUCCAAGUUUCGUGUUCUGCGAGUACUUGAUAUUGAGAAUGGCGAGGAGAUGGAGAGCAGCUGUUUUGAGCAUCUGAGGAAGCUUUUCCAGUUGAAGUAUUUGCGACUCCACGUUAGAAGUAUUUCUGCACUCCCUGAGCAGUUAGGAGAACUACAGCAUUUGAAGACUCUGGAUAUGGGAUGGACAAAGAUCACAAAAAUGCCCAAAAGCAUUGUUCAGCUGCAACAUUUGACAUGUUUGCGCGUCGGUAAUUUGGAAUUACCUGAAGGAAUUGGGAAUCUGCAAGCUCUGCAGGAGCUAUCAGAUAUCAAAGUCAACCGGGACAGCAUGGCGUCGUGUUUGCUGGAGCUGGGCAGUCUGACUAAACUGAAAAUCCUUGGGCUACGCUGGUCUAUUGUCAGUACACACAGUAACAAAGAUACUUUUGUGGAUAACUUGGUAUCCUCGCUGCGCAAAUUGGGCAGAUUCAGCCUUCGAUCUAUAUGCAUUCGUAGUUAUCAUGGCUAUUCAGUGGAGUUCUUACUGGACUCCUGGUUCCCCUCCCCUCAUCUCAUGCAAAAGUUUCAGAUGGGCACGUACUACAACUUUCCCAGAGUUCCUCCUUGGGUUGCGUCACUGGACAAGCUCACAUACCUAGAUAUCAAUAUUGAUCCAGUAGAAGAGGAAACACUAGAGAUCCUUGGAGAGUUACCUGCUUUGCUGUUUCUCUGGCUGAUGUCGAAAUCAGCUGCUCCCAAACAGCGGCUUAUCAUAAGCAGCAGCAUGUUUGUAUGUCUGAGGGAGUUCCACUUCACCUGCUGGAGCAAUGGGGAAGGACUGAUGUUUGAAGCCGGGGCCAUGCCGAGGCUUGAGAAGCUGUGGGUUCCGUUUGACGCAGGCAGCGGUCUUGAUUUUGGCAUCCAACACCUCUCUUCCCUCAGGCAUCUUGCCGUCGAGAUCAUUUGCAUCGGCGCGACCGCUCGGGACGUUGAGGCGUUGGAGGAGGCCAUCAGAGAUGCAGCUCAUCUCCUCCCGAAUCGCCCUGUGGUGGAGUUCCGAACAUGGGAUGAUGAAAAGAUGAUGGGCUAUAGGGAUGGCAUAACGAAAGCGCGGAACAAAGGUGAACAAGAGGGCUGGAAUGUUGGGUCUAGGCAAGGAUACAAGUGGGAUCUUGUUCGCGGGAUUACUAGUGCAUUGGCUGGUCUUUCCAGCAGCCGGAAAGAAAAGUUGUUGCUCGAUGUCCGCCGCAUAAGAGAACUUGAAGAUUUGCACAACUCCAUGCUAGAAAUUUCAGCGGUGGGUGCGCUGCAGAUGUUUCAUGAGAGUAUUCAUCAUCAGGAUAAUGACCCAUCAGAGAAAAACAGCCUCCAAACUAUUCCAGUCGACCUUCUCCUGUUGUUGCAAGAAUGUCCAGAUGUUCAGGUCCCUGAAGAACCGGCACAAGUUCCUUAA